AGUGUCCCCAGCAAGUCGUCUCCCCCGGAUUCAACAGCGUUAAAUUGGUUGACCCAGUCCAGCAGCUGAAAAGGCCUAGCUGCUAAUCUCCCUUCUGUGCCAGAAAGUCUGUAUCGGGGGCGGAGGAGGAGGACUAGGACUUGCAAACCUCUUGCUGUCCAGUUCCCGAGACCAAACGAAAUACGCGACCAAAAAGAAAGGGCACUAUGAACGAAGAGGAGCAGUUUGUAAACAUUGAUCUAAAUGAUGACAACAUCUGCAGUGUUUGUAAACUGGGAACAGACAAAGAAACACUCUCCUUCUGCCACAUUUGUUUUGAGUUAAACAUUGAGGGAGUACCAAAAUCUAAUCUCUUACACACCAAAUCAUUAAGGGGCCAUAAAGACUGCUUUGAAAAAUACCAUUUAAUUGCAAACCAGGAUUGUCCUCGAUCUAAGCUUUCAAAAAGUACUUAUGAAGAGGUUAAAACUAUUUUCAGCAAGAAAAUAAACUGGAUUGUUCAGUAUGCACAAAAUAAGGAUCUGGAUUCAGAUUCUGAAUGUUCUAAAACCCCUCAACAUCAUCUGUUUAAUUUCAGGCAUAAGCCAGAUAAAAAAUUACUCCCACAGUUUGAUUCCCAAGUACCAAAGUAUUCUGCAAGAUGGAUAGAUGGAAGUACAGGUGGCAACUCAAACUGCACUCAGAGAAUUUUGGAUCAGAGGGAACAUACAGACUUUGGGCUUGCUAUGUUACAAGGCGCAGGUGCCACAAUAUGCCAUAACAAUGUAUUGUGGCCUCAUGGGCAUACCCAGGCACAGAAGAAAGAAGAGACCAUCUCUAGUCCAGAGGCUGAUGUCCAAACUCAGCAUCUACAUUACAGCAGAGAGGAAUUGAAUUCGAUGUCUUUUGGUGAGGUAGAACAACUGAAUGCAAAGCUCCAACAGCAAAUCCAAGAAGUUUUUGAAGAGCUAACACAUCAAGUGCAAGAAAAAGAUUCUUUGGCCUCAGAGCUCCAUGUCCGCCAUGUUGCCAUUGAACAGCUUCUCAAGAACUAUUCCAAAUUACCAUGUCUGCAAGUGGGACGAACAGGAAUGAAGUCACACCUACCCAUAAACAACUAACUUCACACCUACCCAUAAACACUUCCGAAAGAAAGUUAUGGUCAAUUUUUUAUGGUCAUUAAAUUUGCAAAACAAGGCACUAUUUAACAUCUAUGUCAAAUAAAGCAGAUCAUUAUACUCUAGUCUUCUAAUCAUUUAACUUCAUUUUGAGAAUCUUUCCUGAAAGUACUAAAUACUCCCCUUACCUUUAACCACAUGUGACUACUUAAAAAUACUGUUAGUAUGAUUUUAGUAAACAUAUUUUAAUGUAAUUCACCUGUCAAAACAACAGAAGAUUAACUAGCUUCUUUUAUUCUGGACUACUAAAAAUAAUUUUUAAGAGGGAAAUGGAAUUCAUAAUGUCACCUCUUAUUUAU